CUACAGCUCCAAGAGCAUUGACAUAACAGCAGCGGCAGCCUCUAGGCUGUCACAGGGAGCAAGGGUCACACAGAGCCUAAUGCUAUGACAGCCCUAGCAAGCAAGCUGCUGCUGCUGCCAACGCUAGUGGAAAACAAGCAAAAAGGACUCUGGUCAUACCAUGGUGGCAAAGGAUUUCUUCUGUCUGCUUCAGCACAAUACAGAGCUAGCUGAUAAUCGAGACACUCAGCAUUCUGAGGAGCCCAGCAAUAAAAGGGUUAAGCCUGUUUCCAAGGUGACGGCCCUGGCCAGUUUGAUAACCCCCGGCAAAGUGACGUCCCUCAAACGCUUCAGUCAGUCCCUUCAGCGGUCAAUAAGCUUCAAGAAUGAAAACCGCUCAUUCAACUUUCCACAACGACAACGCUCAAAGAAUGGACCUACAAAACGAAGAAACAGCAAACUGUGGAGUGAGACCUUUGAUAAUAUUAGUGAGGAACUGUCUUCCAAGGAAAUCAAGAGACAGGAGGUGAUAUUUGAGUUAACACAAGGGGAACAGCUCCUCAUUGAAGAUUUACAGCUGGCCAAAAAGGCUUACUAUGAACCCAUGCUGAAACUGACCAUUAUGUCAGAGGAGGAACUGAACCAGAUAUUCGGUACCCUGGACUCUCUUAUUCCGCUUCAUGAAGAUCUCUUAAAUCGACUUCAGAAGGUGCGAAGAGAGGAUGGAACAGUCGAUGAAGUAGGCCCCACUCUUGUGGACUGGUUGCCCUCUCUUAACGCCUAUAACACUUACUGCUGCAAUCAAGUCACUGCAAAAGCCCUGCUGGAUUAUAAGAAGCAAGACCGGCGUGUAGAGGAGUUUCUCCAGCUGUGUCAGGAGUCUGCAUUUAGCCGAAAACUUGACCUCUGGAACUUCCUAGAUAUUCCUCGCAGUCGUCUGGUUAAAUAUCCCAUCCUCCUGAAGGAAAUACUAAAGAACACGGCUGUUGACCAUCCAGAUCAGCAACACUUGGAAGAAGCAAUCACACUGAUUCAGGGGAUUAUUGCUCACAUAAAUGUCAAGACUGGGGAGGCAGAGUGCCAGUAUUACAAAGAACGACUCUUUUACCUAGAUGAAACCCAGAAAGAUCCCCAUAUUGAAGAGUCCAAGAUUCUGUGUUGCCAUGGAGAGCUGAAGAACAACAAGGGGCAGAAGCUUCAUGUAUUUCUGUUUGAGGACAUCCUUGUAAUAACACGGCCAGUCACCCAAAAUGAUCAGCUGCACUACCAGAUGUACCGACAACCAAUCCCAGUUCGUGACCUGGUGCUAGAAGAUCUGCCAGAUGGGGAAGUGAGGCUGGGUGGCUCAAUUCGUGGUGCCUUUGCCACCAACAAUGAGCGUGCCAAAAAUUUCUUCCGUGUGAGUUUCAGAGACCGCUCCAAGGGUCAGUCACACACACUGCAGGCUAAUGACUCUUUCAACAAACAGCAGUGGGUCACUUGCAUCCGCAGCACCAUUAUCACCCUUCGAGAUCGGGACAAUCAGAUACGCAGUCACCCUAUUCACACUUUACAUGAUAUGGACUGCUCUCUUGUGGACAUUGCUGAUCUUAAACUUGACUCAGAUGAGAAGGCAUCAACUCCCAUGGACAUAGAUUACAGAGAGGGCAGGAACCUCCGGAAAAAGGUGGUCAAGUUUUAGUGCUUACUUUUUACAUUCUGACUUGUUGACUAACUGCCAAGAGUAUUUCCCUGGAGAGGCAUAUGCCUUGUCAAGCUCACGAUAAUUCUACACAAUUCAUCAGUGCACUGAAGAUAUUAUAUCAAGAAGACUGAAGAAGCAGGCACGGAGAAAAGAAAGAAGAAAUGCGUAUGUGACAAGCAUAGCUUCCCAAUGUUUGUUUCACAUAUUUCAGGGCAUUUUGGGAAAGCAUUGUUUGUAAAAAUAAACAAGAAAAUAGCAGAUGUGUCAAGAAUGUGACUAUAAGCCUAUCAAACUAUUUUUUUAAUUCAAAUGUGGCAUACUUCUCAAAAUGGGAAGUUGAAGAACUUUUAAGGACUAAUGACUGAGGUUUAAGGCCUCUUCAUUCAAGUGAUAAAACAUUCAUUGUUACAGUUUAUGGUGACUGUCAGAAGCCCUUUUGCACUGUUCAUUAAACCCUUUUUUAUGAAUGUUACCUGUCAUAAAUGUGUACACUGGUGAAAGAAGGUCAAAAUUUAUGUCAUGAAUUGUGUUAUUGCUGUCAUAUAAAGCAGGCUUGUGUGUCAUGA